UAACAAAAUCAAUAAAAAUAUUAUGAACGCGUAGAAGUAUUUUUAGAUAAAUGGCAAAGUGAUUCUAGGUUAUGUAAGAUAGAUUUUAAGAAGCAUGAAAUGCAUAAAAGGAAAAUUAAACAGAACACGAUAAAAACUCCUGAGAAUUUACCAAAGUUAAAAAAUUAUAAAGUUCACGAAAAUGAAUCAAAUGAUUUUCAAUUACCAAGUUUACAACAAAAGAAAAAAGCUUGGAAAGAUGUUGAUGAGAAUGGAUCAACUUGGGAUCAAACCAGCACGAUAACAUGUACAUCUUAUUCAUCAGAAAUUGAGAAUCUUACAACGAAGAAAGUUUUACAACAAUGGGAAGGUGUUGAAAACACACUUUAUGAAGAUGGAGAACAAGUUACCCAAACGGCUGUUUUGGAAGAAUGUAUACAAUGGAGAACACAAAUACCUCAUUUAAGAAUAGUUGGUAGAAAUCCAUUUUUAGCGACUAAAACUAAAUGUGGAGAUUUCAAUAUAAAUAGUAAUUUUGAUUUUCAAAAUGAAGAAGCAGUAUCAGAGCAUAGUCUUCAAUUAAAGGAAAGGAAAAGUUCAUGCAAGCAUAAAUCACGAAAAACUCAUCAGGAUGAGAUAUUUAAUAUACUUUACGAAUAUGUAAUAUCUGAAUUAUUUCCAAAUAAAGAAAGUGAAACCGAUUUGUUAUGUGAUGAUUUCAAUGAUGCUUUGCAAAUACGCAUGGCACCUGUUCACAGCAGUAAAAGUGUGGUAAAAAGUGCAAAUUUGAAUUGGUUCGAAGAAACAAUUUCUCUUGAAAACCGAUUUCCAAAUAGUAGAUGUAAAGUGUUAGAAGAUCACUCUACAUUGAUACAAAAGGAAACACCUCGAACAAAUAUUCAAGAAAUUCAAAAAAGAUAUAAUAAUGAUAGGAUAAAAAGUGAAUUGGAUAUUAUAGAAGAUAAACUUUCUAGACCACACACUAGUAGAAAUAAACUUGGAACAGUCUUUAAUGAAAAGAUUGUAGUUAGUCCUGUACCUUAUGUUUUAUCAACAAGGGAAAGUUUCUCUACUGUAAAAACCACGCCAAUUAAGUUUAUGGCACAGUCUCUAAAUGUUUCUUCUUUCCAAGGCUCAAAUAGAUAUGUUCCUUUUAAAUAUUCAGGAAAAAACUCAACUUUGUCAAAAACUUCAAAUUAUCAAUCUACUUGGCAUAAUUCUGUUUCUUCUGCUAUGUGGCCAAAAAAUGUGAAGCUUGCUCCAUUAGAUACUUCAAGAUUUUCUAAUAGCAAAAACAGAUCUCUAACAUCAUCGUCGGUAACAUCGCUUCGUAACAGAAGACCUUUAAGUCCUAUUUCUCGAUCUACUCUUCCUGUUUCUGCACAAACUACUCAUAAUAAUAAUGAAGGUCUGGAAAUUCAAGGAAAGCAUAUGACCCCUGGACAAUCUCUUAAGUUAAGUAUACCGGGUACUAUCAGGGAUAAUAAUCCUGGGAGCAGUAAAAGUAAAAGAAAGAAAAACCACCUAAAACUAAAAUCAUAACAAAUUGCAGCUAAUUGGUUAGCUAAGAAAGUCGAUCUUAAAAAUUCUAUAAAAAUUUUUUGUUACCUUGUGAAAACAUAUGGGACCAGGAUAUGGAAGAUUGAUUUUGAUUAUGUGAGGAAAGAAUUUCAUUUUAUAUUUAUUUAUUUUUCUAAGAUAAAAAUUGAUAACUAUGUUUGUGAUAUAAAGGUGAUAUGUUAUAGAUAUUUUAUUAUUUAUUAUUAAAUAAUUUUUGAACAUGGUGGUUCAUAAAUUUAAGCAUCCAUAACGAAAAAGACGAACACCAUACAAGGUGUUAAUAAAAAUCAAAAAAUCCAUUAGCAUUUUGGUAUUUACGAUUUGAGUGUAUUUCUUUUGAAAUACUCUGUGUAUGAAUAAAUACACACAUAUAUUGUUAUUGUUAAUGAUAAGGAACUUCAAUAUGUCGCAGUAUUAAAAUGUACUUUAAUUGUACAAUGUUCUAUGCUAUAGAGAAUAUAUAUAUACUCUCUUAAAGGUAAUAGGGAAUUAGUGUUCCAAGAGUAAAAAUGUGUAAUUUAAAUGCUCAUGUUGUUCAAUAGAUGAUAUACUGUUGUGACUAUGUCUACCUCACUGAAUGUUGUACGUUGUUUAAUUAACGCACAUGCUUGUAUGCGCAAGUAAAUAUAUUUUUGUAAUGCACACAUUUGUAAUGAAUGUGCUUGUUAUAAAUAUACAAGUGAUAUGUGUAUAAAUAUUUUCUUAUUUA